GGGCGCUACUAGCGAAUUUUGCGUUAUGUUUUUGAGUGGAAGUUGAGUGAGUGAGGUGAUUGUGAAAAAUCCGGCUUUUUACAGUCGUUAUAACUUUACGAAUAAUUAUACAAAAUUAACAAAUGAACCCAGCUAACUAUGGCUGACGAACAGGAGAUAAGACAACUAGAGCUGCUUUGUAAACAGCUGUAUGAGUCUCAAGAUACAGCUGUGAGAACUGAGGCUGAAAAGACGUUAGUCGGUUUUCAAGAUGGACCAGAUGCUCUCACCAAAUGCCAGGUCCUCCUAGAUAGAGGAGAUUCCUGUUAUGCUCAGUUACUAGCAGCAACAACUCUUACCAAACUGGUAUCCAGAAGUGCCCAAGGAUUGAGCCUUCAGCAAAGGGUUGACAUACGAAACUAUGUUCUGAAUUAUUUGGCUACUAGACCUAAGCUGCCUAAUUUUGUAGUGCAAGCUCUAGUUACAUUAUUUGCAAGGAUCACUAAGCUGGGAUGGUUUGAUACACAUAAGGAUGAGUUUGUAUUUAGGAACGUUGUUGCAGACAUUGGGAAGUUUUUGCAAGGGUCAUCAGUGGAACAUUGCAUGAUAGGUGUGCAAUUGUUAUCUCAACUGACAUGCGAGAUGAAUCAAAUUUCAGAAGUAGAGGCCAACAGGUCUCUUACCAAACAUCGCAAAAUCGCGUCAUCAUUCAGAGAUACGCAACUAUUCGAAAUUUUCCGACUGAGCUGCACCCUACUAGGAAACGCGAGAGAAAACUGCAAAAACCUUAAUUUCAAUGACGAAAGUCAGCACGGACUCAUGACACAACUACUGAGGUUGGCCCAGAAUUGCUUGACAUUCGAUUUCAUUGGUACCUCAACAGAUGAGUCAUCUGAUGACCUUUGUACUGUUCAAAUUCCGACGAGUUGGAGACCCGCCUUCUUGGACUUCACAACGCUGAAGUUAUUUUUCGACCUCUAUCACUCCUUGCCGAAUACAUUAUCGGCUCUGGCUCUUUCCUGCUUAGUUCAGAUAGCUUCUGUUAGGAGAUCGUUAUUCAGUAACACGGAAAGAGCCAAGUUUCUCACGCAUCUGGUAAAUGGAGUCAAGCAUAUCCUCCAAAAUCCUCAAGGAUUAAGCGACUCUGCAAAUUAUCACGAGUUCUGUAGAUUGUUGGCGAGAUUAAAAUCAAACUAUCAGCUUGGUGAGCUUGUGAUGGUGGAUAAUUAUCCUGAAGCAAUACAACUGAUAGCAAAGUUCACUGUACAAAGCUUGCAGAUGUGGCAGUUUGCACCAAAUAGUGUUCACUAUCUCUUAAGCUUAUGGCAGAGGAUGGUGGCGUCUGUUCCUUAUGUUAAGGCUACCGAACCUCAUUUACUAGAGACUUACACUCCAGAAGUUACAAACGCUUAUAUCACAUCUAGGUUAGAAUCUGUUGCUGUUGUUGUAAGGGAUGGCUUGGAAGAUCCUUUGGAUGAUUUAGGUAUGGUGCAACAACAACUAGAGCAAUUAUCGGUGAUAGGGAGAUGUGAAUACCAAAAAACGUGUAUGUUGUUGGUUCAGUUAUUUGAUCAAGCUGUUAGGAAUUAUACUGAAUUACUUACAAAUCCUACUCAAAGGAUAGAAAUCACAAUCCAAGAAGGGCAACUGACAUGGCUAGUUUAUAUAAUCGGCUCGGCCAUUGGCGGCCGAGUGUCGUUUAACAGCAACGAAGAGCAUGACACGAUGGACGGAGAGUUGGUGUGCAGAGUGUUGCAGCUCAUGAACCUCACUGAUUCUCGCUUGGUUCAUGGUGGUUGCGAGAAACUUGAGCUGGCGAUGCUCAGUUUCUUUGAACAGUUCCGAAAAAUCUACGUAGGGGACCAAGUACAAAAAAAUUCCAAGGUGUAUAGGAGGUUGUCGGAGGCACUGGGAUUGAAUGAUGAGGCAACUGUCUUGAGCGUAUUUAUUAGGAAAAUAAUAACGAAUUUGAAAUACUGGGGCCGUUCCGAACAAAUCAUAAGCAAAACACUGCAACUGCUGAAUGACCUCUCGGUAGGCUACAGUUGCGUUCGUAAGUUAGUUAAGUUAGAAGAAGUGCAGUUCAUGUUGAACAAUCACACAAGUGAACAUUUCCCGUUUCUCGGCAACUCGGCCGCCGUAUCUGAAAUGAGGUGUCGAUCCAUGUUCUACACCUCCUUAGGGCGUUUGUUGAUGGUUGAUCUCGGUGAAGAUGAGGAUAGGUUUCAUACAUUCAUGUUGCCUUUGACUGCGUCUUUUGAAAGCAUAGGAACGUUGCUUGCAAGUGCAGAUACACCUCUAUUUGCUUCUGAUGAAGCAAAGAAAGCGCUUAUAGGUUUAGCUAGGGAUCUAAGAGGAUUAGCAUUUUCUUUCAAUACCAAAACCUCCUAUAUGAUGCUUUUUGACUGGAUAUACCCUAAUUAUACGCCAAUUUUACUUAGAGCCAUAGAACUGUGGUACCAUGAUCCUCAAGUUACUACACCAGUGUUGAAACUAUUCGCAGAACUAGUACAAAAUAGAUCACAAAGACUCCAGUUUGACGUUUCGUCACCUAACGGAAUAUUAUUGUUUAGGGAAGCUAGCAAAAUAAUAUGUAGUUAUGGAAGCAGGAUAUUGAAUGUAGAAGUACCGAAAGACCAGACGUACCCUUUAAAGUUGAAAGGGAUCUCUAUAUGUUUUUCAAUGCUCAAGGCAGCUCUUUGUGGUAGUUAUGUUAAUUUUGGGGUUUUUCGAUUAUAUGGAGACGAAGCUCUAGAUAAUGCCUUGAAUAUUUUUGUAAAGCUCUUGUUGUCGAUACCCCAGUCAGAUUUAUUGGAUUAUCCAAAACUUUCUCAAACCUACUACGUGCUUUUGGAGUGUCUUGCGCAGGACCAUAUGAGUUUCUUGGCAACUUUAGAACCACACGUGUUCCUAUACAUAUUGUCGUCGAUAUCAGAGGGACUCACAGCGUUAGGUGGGCAACUAAACCAUUUUACAGAUACUAUGGUGUGUACUGGCUGCUGUGCGACAUUAGACCAUAUAGUAACUUAUUUAUUUAAACAAUUAACCCAAAAAGCGUACCCAGGCAAAGACCAUCGCGUCCGAUUGGUACCGCCUAGUGAUAUGUUCCUGAAGGUGUUGGAAAUGCACCCGGAGAUCCUUCAGCAGAUCCUGAGCACUGUGUUAAAUGUGAUAAUGUUCGAGGACUGUCGGAACCAGUGGUCAAUGUCGCGGCCACUGCUCGGACUCAUCCUGUUGAACGAAGAGUAUUUCAAUCAGAUGCGAGAGAGCAUCAUCCGGAGUCAGCCGCCGGACAAACAGGCCGCCAUGGCACAGUGGUUCGAGAACCUGAUGGACGGUAUUGAGAGGAAUUUAUUAACGAAAAAUAGGGAUAGGUUUACUCAAAACUUAUCAAUGUUUAGAAGAGAUAUCAAUGAUUCCCUAAAAGGACCCAAUGUGAAUACUUCUUCAGCUAGUGAUAUGAUGACUUCAUAGUGACAUGCUAUUAGAAAUGGAAAAUGUGAAGUUAUGUGCUGUUGUAUGUAUUGUGAGAUAAAGAAUAUUUGAUUGUUACUUAGGUACACUUUGCAUUUAUUUUGAACAUUGUGUUUUUAUUUGUGAAGAUCUGUACAGUUGUUGAUGAUUUUUGCUGUUGUAUGUAUGUUGCAGAAAAGUGUACGAUCGGUUUUAUAUAUAAUUUAUUGAGGAAAAUAAAUGCACUGAAUAUCUAAAUAUAUAGGAAUUGUUUUAAAAAAAUGGUCAAUUACAAAUUCAGAGUUAUACCGAAAAUGUGAGCAAGCAGGUAUGAAAAGCGGAUUUGUAGUAGAAUAAACAAUUUAUUAAUGCAAUUCAUUUUAUUUCCAUCCAGAAAACGAC